AUGCGGAUCACGAAUGUCGGCGGCAAGGUCCUGAUCCUCCACCAGGACUUGCGGAUCGGGAUCUGGUUGGCCGGCGAUAAUGUCCCGCGACUGCCAGGCUUCAUCUCGGUGGGAUCCCGGCGCUACAUGGAGUGGCAAAAUCUGGCCCUCAAAGCGACCGUGGAUCUCCGAUCUGCGGACUCGGAUCCGGAUGUGGAAGAUCCGCCAUGGCCGGCAGUGGAGCGUCCCGAGUAUGAGACUCCGCGUGGAAUACUGCAACGACAAAGGCCGACGGUGAUCAAGUGUUUGAAGGGCGGAUCAAACGCAUCAGGUAUUACAAGAGCGGAUAUGUCCCCGGUCGAGGAUCCAGCCGUGAAAACAGUAUUGGCAGAUGACGCUCUAAGUGAGGGAACUGGCGCGGAUCAAGACCCACCAGUUCAGGAAGUCCAAGAUCCGAGGGUGGCGACGUUGAAGGGUGAUGGGCCGUACCCAUCAUCAUUGAUGGGUGUAGAAUCUGGGACGAGCCAUAGGUUGGGUGACCCGUUGGACCAGAAGGACGCCACGGACGAGGAUCCGGCGGCUGUUUUGGAAGAUCAACCGAACAUAUCGGAUCUGGACCUUACUUGGGAUUCGGAUCAAGAUUACGACGAAUGUGUGUAUUACCACGAAGGCAGCGAUCUCUACGCGGAAGAUGUCGACGGACAACUGGCGGUACUGCCCGAAGUCCCAGCGAUUACGGAGGACGUGAAGAUUGAAGAUAUCCAAUUGUGUGGAUCCGACGAUCAGACGCCCGAAGAGAUCGACCGACUCCGCCAGCGAAUCUGGAAGUUUAGACAUCUCCUGAUCGGCAAAGGAAAUGCACUCCCACCAACAGCCCGAGGGGUUGUGUGUGAUAUUAAUGUGGGAGGAGCUCGGCCGAUCGCGCGUAAGUGUCGAAAGCUGCCCGAGAGAAAUUGGCAGAGUUGA